AUGUCCGGCAGGCAGGGUGGAAAGGCAAAGCCUCUUAAGGCUCCAAAGAAGGAUAAGAAGGAGCUCGGUGAAGAAGAUGUUGCGUUCAAAGAGAGGAAGAAACAAGAGGAGGCUGCAUUGAAGGCUGCGCGUGAGAAGGCCUCUAAGGGAGGGGCGCCAGGAGGAGGUAUUAAGAAGUCGGGCAAGAAGUAG